AUGUGUCAAAAGUCGUCACGGAAUUACUAUCGUGUAUAGUUUUGUGUACAUCUAAUUUUCUGCACAGAAAACCACGUUGAUACAAAAUGCUUACACAAACGGAAAUGCAUCUUUUUCUUGGAAUGUCGACUGUUGUUACCAUCUGUACAUUUGGACUUUAUGUUUUCCUAGCAUCGACUCAAACAAAAAUUGUUCCCCACAUAAAGGAUCACCUAUGUCCAGACUGGACAGGAAGGUUAGGCAAUCUCAUGUUUCAAUAUGCCUCACUGUUUGGAAUAGCAAAACGCAAUGACAUGGUUUUAACUAUACACAAAGAUGAUGAAAUAACCUCUGUUUUUGACAAUUUGUUUGCGCUUAAAUUACAAAAUAACUCAGUUUGCGAUCAUGUACAAAUAUGGGGCGAAAUGGAACCCUGUUUGUAUGACAUGUUGGCUGCAACUAUUCCCUCCAACGGCAAUGUGAAACACAUGUCCUUAUUACAAUUUUGGCAAUAUUUUAGUCACGUCGAACAAGCUAUUAGGGAACAAUUCACAUUCAAUCAAACAAUUGAAUCAAAAUGUCAAAAAAUGUUGAAUGAUGCAAUAAUCGGAUUUACUUCAAAUCAUACCGAUACACCUGUGGAAAAACUGCAAGUAGUUGGCAUUCACAUACGAAGAGGGGAUUAUUUGGACAAAGAUAAAAUAGCGUACGGAUACCAGACAGCUGACGAAGAAUAAAUUAAUAAAUCGUUAAACUACUUUCGAUCAAAAUUCAAACAUGUGUUAUUUUUAGCAUACACUUCUUAUUAUUGGAAAGAUUUAUUGUGGCGGGAAAAACAUGUUGUCGGAAGUGACGUUGUCCGAAUGCGCGUGACUUCUCCGGAAGUCGACAUGUGCGUUUUAUCUCAAUGCAAUCAAUCUAUAAUAACAGUUGGGUCAUUUGGCUGGUGGGCGGCAUGGUUGGCUAAUGGUACAACAAUCUAUUAUAAGAACGUAGCUAAAAAUUAUAGCGAGUAUAGAA